AUGCAAGAAGAGCAGUGGAUCUCUUCGAGACGAGCGGGAAUCAGGGUGGACGGACAACCGAUAGAACUCGUCGAUGAGUUCUGUUACCUGAGCUGUAUGCUGAAGAACAACGGCAGCUACGAGAGAGAUGUUCAGCAAAGAUGCGCUAAGGCCACUUCUGCAUUUAACUCCUUAACGAAAUGUCUGUGGUCGACCCCCAUCACCAACGAAGUCAAGCUGCUAGUCUACCUAUCCACAAUUCGCUCCAUCAUGAUGUACGGAUCGGAGACUUGGGCAGCACCACCAACGGUUAUGGAGAGGCUUGACUGCACGGAACGAAAGCUACUUGGACGGCUACUUGGCUACUUUUAG